AUGUCAACUCUUCUCAAGAUCAAGAAGGUUUUAUUUUGUUUCACUGCUGAAGUGAGUGCGGUUACAUUUCAGCAGUCUCCUCAGGUAGUAAAGGAGAAAACUGAAGUCCAGAUUAACUGCAGUCACGACGAUGCAAACCUUCCACUCAUGUCCUGGUACCAGCAAAGAAAAGGCAGUCUGUCUAUGACCUUCCUUGGGUUUGGAUACGCAACUGCAGAACCAACCAACGAGGGUCGGUUGGAGGAGCAAUUCCAGCUGAGAAGACAAAGCAUGACUGCAGGAACACUUACUGUUCACAGCGCAAACCUGUCCCACUCUGGUGUUUACUACUGCGCUGCCAGCACACACUCUACUCAGCCUGCUUACUUUGGAAAAGGAACCAAACUGACAGUUUUAGAUCCAGAUCGCCAAAUCACCCCACCCAAAGUAAAAAUCUUUCGACCUUCACCAAAGGAGUGCAAAAACCAAAAAGAGGAGCAAAGAAAGAAGACCUUGGUCUGUGUGGCUUCUGAUUUCUACCCCGACCAUGUUACAGUCUCCUGGAAACUCAACGGUGAGGACGUUUCUACUGGCGUGGCGACGGACAGCGCUGCCACACCAGUCGACAAGUCCUACAGAAUCACCAGCAGGUUAAAGAUCAGUGCUACACUUUGGGAAAACCAAGAUAAUUCCUUUGUGUGCAUCGUCAGCUUCUUUGAUGGAGACACAACCAUCUAUCGCAAUGACACACUUGAUGUUAAAGGCAAAGGAGGAGGCAUAACAAGAGGGGAAUAUUUGAAUAUCACACAAGGUGCCAAACUCUCCUACGUUGUUGUGAUUAUCAAGAGCUGCGUGUAUGGACUCUUCGUUGGGUUUUUGGUGUGGAAGCUUCAGGGUUCCAGUGGGAAACACAAAUGAGAGCUGAAUCCUGGGAGACGAGGAAACUUCUGUAACUCUGUAAAUAAUAUUCUGUAAAAGCUGUCGCAUUUCUAUAAAACUGCAGUCGCCCUCUUAUAUAUCAAUGAGCAGCUCAAAUUCUGAACACAGUAUAUCGUUUUGUGUUUGUUCCUGUUGUGAAAUUAAUAAACAGCAUGCAGAUAUUUUAGAGGUUUUAUAGAUUAUAUGUUUGCCAAAUGCGUGUUUUGCUGAAUUUUCUUACCAAUAAAAGUUUCUGAGAAGA